AAUUUCUAUAAUGUCGUGGUGGUGGAAGUUAAUGUUACCGUUGUUAAUUCAACGGCAACGUAGCGUCUUCGCGUGUCGAUGUGUAUGCCUCGCCUACCUGGAUGAAUGAACUAAACCAUCAGAAAAUGUGUUCGAUUUAAGUGUGAUUUUCGUGAUAAAAAACAUAUUCCGUCCAUUUUUCUAGUUUAUUAGGUGUAAGUGUAAUUUUUUAUGUGCCAAAAUGACUGUACAACAUUCUGAAGCCUAUUAUGAUCGCGAAAAGAACAGAUUUAUACCGAGAGUUAAUCAGAGAAAGCAGGAACGAAUUCGGAGAAGAACGUGUAAAGAUAUAGCCAAGAUUGGUUUGUUUUAUUUAAUUUUCUACGGAAUGCUAUCAUCUAUGGUGUCAGUAUGUAUGUGGGUGUUCUUUCAAACGUUAGACCCCAGGAUACCGAAAUGGCAGCUAGACAGAUCAUUGAUAGGAACAAAUCCGGGAUUAGGAUUCCGUCCUAUGCCAGUUAACAACGAAGAAAGUACCUUAAUUUGGUUCAAAGGAUCAAAUAAAACCAGCUAUUUACAUUGGGUGGAUAAUAUUCUACAAUUUUUGGAUAAAUAUUAUGUACCGAGCAAAAUAGCAAAGGGUAAUGGUCAAAUAAAGACGUGUUCACAUCACGACUAUCCCGCUAUCGGCGAAGUAUGCGAAGUUGACGUAAGGGAUUGGGAAGAAUGUAACAGAGAUCAAUUUUUUAAUUAUCAUAAAAACUCACCGUGUAUUUUUUUGAAAUUGAAUAAAAUAUACGGUUGGACUCCCGAGUACUAUGACGAUCCGUAUAAUUUACCAGAAGAAAUGCCCGACACGUUAAAAAAUCAUAUAAGGAGUAUAAAUAAUACAAGAGAGUUACAGAAUGUUUGGUUAUCAUGUCAUGGUGAAAAUCCUGCUGAUAGAGAAUAUUUGGGACCAGUUACCUACUAUCCUAGGGCUGUACAGGGAUUUCCAGGAUAUUACUUCCCCUAUUUGAAUUCUGAAGGUUAUCUUAGUCCAUUAGUAGCAGUUAAAUUCGAAAGACCAGUUUCCGGUAUCGUUAUAAACGUUGAAUGCAGAGCAUGGGCCAAAAAUAUAAUUUACAAUAGGGGAGACAGGAUGGGUUCAGUGCAUUUUGAACUUUUAAUCGACUAAAAUUAUAAACUAAUUAUAAUAAUUACAAGUCGUACUGUAGUUAUAUUGUACCUACAUCUACAUGAAGUGGUAGCAGCCUUUUAAUAAUUAAAUAUGCAAUAAAUAAGGGCGCCAUACCAAAUAUUUUUAUAUCUUUUUAUAUCACAAAAACGUAUCUGUUGUAUUUUUGUUUUUAUUUCAAAUACCUUGUAUUCUACGUAGAUAUGCAAAGUAUUUCGAUUUAUUGUUUUAAUUAUUGAUCAACAAUAUCAACAUCAACAAUUUUAAUAAAAUAUAAUAAUAAAUCCAA